AAGCAUCACAAUGUUGAGUGGUGGUUAUGAAAUAAAUGGGUGUACUAAUCUGUCGACGUAAAGAAAUAGUCCCGGACCGCCCUCUGCUGUAACACAUAUUUUAAACACCAAGACCUGUGAAAGUGGCUUAAACUUCAAUGUUUGAUUUCCUUUCUAAUACUAUAGCCUACAGUUGGUGUUAGUUGAAUAAAGUGUCGAAAUUAAGCGUACCGUUAUAUGCGGAUUGAUUUACUGACUGUAUUGGUAAAUAUGAUCACGUGAUUCAUGUAACCAAUCGCUGAAGAUGAAGCCAGCAAAAAUACUAUGAUUGUUCAGAGGGAACGUAUCUUUAACAGUGUAGCCUUUUAUAUGAGUACGAAGAGAUCCAAAAAUGUCGACUAGUAGUACACUUAGUAACUAUUAUGUAGACUCAAUAAUAGGACAUGAAGCAGAGGACGUGUACGGAGCUCGUUUUGUUCAGAGCUCGCACACCGCGACCUCAAGGCCAUCAGGUGCAGGAGAUAAUGCAGAUUUUUCGUCUUGUAGCUUUGCACCCAAAUCCGCCGUCUUCCCCACGUCUUGGUCCUCGGUUCACCCACAGUCCACAGCCGUUUCAGGGAUUUACCAUCCCUACGUACACCAGCCCCAACUCGCAGGCACAGAAAACAGAUAUGUCCGCUCCUGGAUAGACCCAAUCUCCAACUCCGUUUCUUUUUCCGGCUUCCAUCCAAGCAGUCGACACUACGGGACAAAGCCCGAAAGUUUACCGUCGAAAAGGACUGAGUGCGCCGCAUUCGAAGCACAGACUCCUGUCGUUCCGGACUACAUUUGUGGAGCAGUAUUGGAAAACAAGGAUAAAGCAACCAAAGAACCGAUUGCCAGCGACAUUUCGAGCCACGGUGAGCCCAAAGAAGAGAAGCAGCAGCAACUUGACCCAAGCAACCCAGCUGCUAAUUGGAUUCAUGCACGUUCCACAAGAAAGAAGCGAUGUCCUUACACAAAAUAUCAGACCCUAGAACUGGAAAAAGAAUUCCUUUAUAACAUGUAUCUGACAAGAGAUCGCCGUUACGAAGUUGCUAGAAUUCUUAAUUUGACUGAAAGGCAGGUAAAAAUCUGGUUCCAAAACAGAAGAAUGAAAAUGAAAAAGAUGAACAGAGAGAGGGGCAGUAAGGAUCAACAAUGACUAACGCCAGACUCAAAGAGCAAGGACUGAACUGUUUUACCUACCCUCUUUGAUGUAUAUGUGGUAUAAGUAAUGUGCUAGAGUAACACUUUGAUUAGGAGCCUGUGUAUAAAACAUUGUUUAGUUUGUCCAUACAUGUUAUGGAAAGGUUAAAAUGUCUGCACAUGUGCUUUAUUGCUUUUUAAGGAAAUAAAUGUUGAGUCUUAAAAUGAA